AUGUUGCGGGAUGCCAUCAAUAGGAACGGCCGUGUGCCGCAAGUGCGGCGCCCCGCCUGGGCGGAGCUUCUGGUGCUGGUGUUGGGUGCCUCAACAGUCUUGCUGCCAGCAGGCAGCUGCACACCCGGCGUCGGGUUCGCAGGGGACCGCAUUGGAGGCUGCAACCCUUCUGCUUAUGGAGUUUUACGAUCCAGCAGAAGCUCGCGAUCCGUGAUCCUGCGCCAUGUGCGGGAGAGACGCAGCGGAUCUCCCUCGGGCAAACGCCCUUCCAAUCCCAGGGUUCUCACUUCGAAGAUCAAGAAUACGACUUCGACCACGGAGCUGCUGGCUCUCGUUGACGGGAACCUGGAUGGAAAAGGUUUCAACGAAAUCCAUAUGUCCGCUACCUUCACUCAGGCAGCUUCUAUCAAGAAAAGCGGCAAGCUGUCGGCGGGUGAUGCUACAAGCUCCACAUGGCCCAAACUAGCGGAGAAGUUGCGCGUCAUGCUCGAGAAAGACAUGAUCCCACCACGUCAGGCUGCAAACGUUCUGUGGGCGCUUGUUGAGAUUUAUCAAGACCUCAGAGUAGACAUGGCCAUUGCAAUACCGGCUCUUGCGUGUUGUGUGGAGGACAAAGCAGGAGGCAUGAAACCUCAAGAACUUUCCAACAGUCUGUGGGCGGCCGCAAGUCUGCAAGAGUCAGCGCCAGAUGUCUUGAUGGCUGUGCCCGUCAUGGCGGAGCAUAUCCCCCAGCAGGUGGAGCGCAUGAAGCCUCAAGAGCUUUCAAACAGCCUGUGGGCGGUCGCACGUCUGCAAGAAUCAGCGCCAGAUGUCUUGCUGGCCGUGCCCGCCAUUGCAGAGCGAGUACCGCAGAAGGUGGAAAGCAUGAAUCGUCAAGAGCUUUCCAACUGCUUGUGGGCGGCCGCGAAGCUGCAAGAGGCAGCCCCUGCUGUCCUGACGGCUGUGCCAGGCAUCGCAGAGCGCAUACCACACAAAAUUGAGAGCAUGCUUCCUCAGCACUUGUCGAAUUGCUUGUGGGCUGCGGCAAAUCUGCAAGAUGCAGCGCCUGCUGUGCUAAUGGCUAUUCCUGCCAUCGCGAAGCGCAUACCGCAGAAGGUGGCGAGCAUGACUCCUCAAGCCUUGUCGAACAUUUUGUGGGCUGCAGCGAAACUGGAAGAGUCAGCACCAGAUGUCCUGAUGGCAGUGCCCACAGUUGCAGAGCGCAUACCGCAGCAGGUGAAGAGCAUGAUUCCCCAAGCCUUGUCGAACUGCUUGUGGGCAGCAGCGCAGCUGCAAGAGGCAGCGCCUGUUGUCCUGGUGGCUGUGCCUGCCAUCGCGGAGCGCAUACUGCAGUCUGCGGAGAGCAUGAAUCCUCAGGAGCUGUCCAACAGUCUGUGGGCCAUCGCAAAACUUCAAGACAUCGUGCCAGAUGUGUUGACUCUGCUGCCGGUCAUCACGCCCCAGGUCUCAAAGAAGGUCGCUGACAUGGCCGUCCCAGGAUUGCGGAUGUCUUCAUGGGCCGCAACUCAGCUGGGCGAGACGCAUCUCGAGGCAAAGUUGACCGCAGAGCUUGCACGAACUCACGAAGUGCUGCUGCAACGUAUGCCCUUCCUUGCUUCACAGGCGACGCAGCCGCCCCUCCCACAGCCACCACCACCCUGGCACCGGCUCGGCACAGUGCCCUCCAGGAGCACGGCCUGGGCUCUGUGUGCAGGGAGGUGGUGGGCUCUGGGAGCAGCGGCUCCUGCGCACCUCGUUUUUGCUGAAUCGACGUUGGCCCCUGCUUUCGGUUCCCCGAAAGUAGGAGCCGGGCUGGACGAGAACUUUGAAAAGAUAGCCCAUCUUUUAACGAUCAAUGACAUCUCCUUCAAGCUUCUACCUGUUCAAGUCUCCACAUCCGCUGUCUCCGAACACGGGGCUCGAGCCGCAGUGAAGGUUCGCUACGCCGGGGAUCAGCUCACGUCAUUCGAGUUAAUUCAAACGCUGCAAAACGACUUGCUUUUUGCGAUCGGCUCAGUGCUGGUGGUGCUUCUCUGCAAUCUGGAUGAGUCUGGCGAGCACGGGGGCCCAAGCAAGGAGGAUCUGUGGUUCGGCUUAGAGGUCGUGAAAGGCCUUUUUGUGAUUUUAACGGCGCUGCCGAUCGCCUAUGUGCUAACGCCAGCCGAGAAGUUAACAGCCGCGCCCUUGGAUGAGCCCCCGGAGCCACCUCUUAAGGGAAGCAGCGACACGGUCUUUGUCUUCGGAGACUUCUGGGAGCAGGGGUGCGAGGGUGCUGGGCAGCUUCCCGUGGUCAGGCGCGAACAGCCCACGCCCUGGCCGCCGGGCCGGGUGAAGUUAGGCCGAAGCAGCGGCCAGUGCUGCGGCCCGCACUACGUCCAGCGCAGAGGCCACAGAGUGCCGGUGUUCCGGACGCUGCCAAAGGCAAGGUUGCGCAGUUUUGAAGGAGUUGCAGGUGUCCAAGGUUCUCUGAGUGUCUUCGUUCGCGACUACGAAAGGCCUCUUGUCCCGAUGCCGCUGCGCCGCCCUGCGGCCAUUUUUCUGCUUGGUCUGGUGGUGGCAUUUCUGUUUCUACUGCUUCGCCCGGGAAGCAGCGGUAGGUCGGUUGGCUUUGCGGGCCGUCCCGGCAGCUUCCCGCUUGUUCCAUGCCAUUUAGCUUGCAGAGGUUCGCGAUCGGAGAUCUUGCGUCGGGGACGGAAGGGGCGUAGAGGAUCUCCCUCGGGCAAACGCCCUUCCACUCCCAGGGUUCUCACUUCAAAGAUCAAGAACACGACCUCGACCGCGGAGCUGCUGUCUCUUGUCGACAUGGAGCUGGACGGAAAGGGCUUCAACGAGAUCCAUCUGACGGCGACCUUCACCCGUGCAGCUUUCUUCAAGAGAAGUCGCAAGCUGUCAGCAGCAGAUACCAGGAGCUCCACAUGGUCCAGACUGGCGGAGAAGUUGCGUGCUAUGCUCGCGAAAGACACGAUCGAAGCACGUGCAGCUGCAAACCUGCUGUGGGCGCUUGUUGAAAUCUGUCAAGUCGUAGGAGAUGACAUGGCCGUUGUGGUACCGGCUCUUGCGUGUCGUGUGCAGGACAAAGCAGGAGGCAUGAAGCCUCAAGAGCUUUCAAACAGCCUGUGGGCGGCCGCAAAUUUGCAAGAGGCAGCGCCAGAUGUCUUGUUGGCUGUGCCUGCCAUUGCGGAGCGCAUGCCACAGAACGUGGAGAGCAUGAAGCCUCAAGAGCUUUCUAACAGCCUGUGGGCUUCAGCAAAGCUGCAGAAGGCAGCCCCGGCUGUCAUGAUGGCUGUGCCUGCCAUCGCCGACCUCAUACUGCAGAAGGUGGAGAGCAUGACCCCUCAGCAGUUGUCGAAUUGCUUAUGGGCGGCCGCAAAUCUGCACGAGGCAGCCCCUGCUGUCCUGACAGCUGUGCCUGCCAUCGCCGAGCGCAUGCAGGAGAAGGUGGAGAGCAUGAAGCCUCAAGAGCUUUCCAACAGCCUGUGGGCUGCAACGAAGCUGCAAGAUUUGGUGCCAGAUGUUUUGAUGGCUGUGCCUGCCAUUGCUGAGCACAUACCGCAGAAGGUGGAGAGCAUGGCUCCACAAGCCUUGUCGAACAUUUUGUGGGCCGCGGCAAAUCUGCAUAGGUCAGCACCCAACGUCUUGAUGGCUGUGCCUGCCAUUGCGGAGCGCAUACCGCAGAUGGAGAGCAUGAAGCCUCAAGAGCUUUCCAACAUCCUGUGGGCUGCAGUGAAGCUGCAAGAGGCAGCACCAAACGUCUUGAGGGCUGUGCCUGCCAUUGCUGAGCACAUACCGCAGAAGGUGGAGAGCAUGGCUCCACAAGCCUUGUCGAACAUUUUGUGGGCAGCAGCAAAUCUGCAUAGGUCAGCACCAAACGUCUUGAUGGCUGUGCCUGCCAUUGCUGAGCACAUACCGCAGAAGGUGGAGAGCAUGGCUCCACAAGCCUUGUCGAACAUCUUGUGGGCGGCAGCAAAUCUGCAUAGGUCAGCACCCAACGUCUUGAUGGCUGUGCCUGCCAUCGCCGAGCGCAUACUGCAGAAGGUGGAGAGCUUGAAGCCUCAAGAGCUUUCCAACAGCCUGUGGGCUGCAGCGAAGCUGCAAGAGGCAGCGCCUGCUGUGCUGAUGGCUGUGCCUGCCAUUGCGCAGCGCAUACCGCAGAUUGUGGAGGGCAUGAUUCCGCAAGCCUUGUCGAAUAGCCUGUGGGCAGCCGCAAAGCUGCAAGAGGCAGCGCCUGCUGUCCUGGUGGCUGUGCCCGCCAUUGCGGGGCGAAUGCCACAGAAGGUGGAGAGCAUGAAGCUUCAGGAGCUUUCAAGCAGCCUGUGGGCGGCCGCAAACCUGCAAGAGUCAGCACCAGAUGUCUUGAUGGCUGUGCCCGCCCUGGCGAAGCGCAUACCGCAGAAGGUGGAGAGCAUGAAGCCACAAGAUGUGUCGAACAUUCUGUGGGCGGCUGCGUUGUUGCAAGACGCAGCGCCUUCUGUCCUCAUGGCCGUGCCGGCCCUUGCGCAGCGCAUGCCGCAGGAGGUGGAGGGCAUGAAGCCCCGAGAGCUCUCAAGAAGCUUGUGGGCCCUCGCGAUUCUUCAGGACUUCGUGCCAGAUGUCUCGGCCCUGCUGCCGGGCAUCAGUGCCCAGGUCUCAAAGAAGAUCGUCAACAUGGACAUGCCAGAGUUGCGGAUGUCAUCGUGGGCUGCCACUGAACUGGGCGAGACGGACCUGAAAGCAACAGUGGCCGCAGAGCUUGCACGACGUAACGCCUGA